GAAACUGGUUUCACAUUACAAGUCAGUGGCAGUGCAGCCAAAAUCAGACCCACAUUAAAGACACAACUGAAGGACCUUGAGACAUUGAUGAGACUUUGAUCUGAAAAUCAGUUGUGCAAGAUGAAUGGAGGAAUCCAGCGGCGCGUGGUGUCUAAAAAUGGCCACAACAACAUCCGUACUGACAACGUCGAUGGCAUGGUGAAACUCUACCUACAUGACAUAUGGACCACAGUGGUGGACAUGAAGUGGCGCUACAAACUCACCCUCUUUGUGUCCACUUUCCUCACGACCUGGAUUUUCUUUGGCAUGCUUUUCUACCUUAUCGCAAUGGCAAAUAAUGACCUUCACAUUGAACAAGCAUCAAACCACACACCAUGUGUCAUGAAUGUGGCUACCUUAACUGGCGCAUACUUAUUCUCCCUCGAGUCACAGACUACCAUCGGUUAUGGCUUUCGCCACAUCUCAGAGGAGUGCCCACUCGCCAUCUUAACACUGGUGUUACAGCUGGUGCUCACAGGUCUGGCUGAGAUCUUUGUAACUGGUGCCUUCCUGGCCAAGCUGGCACGGCCAAAGAAGCGGUCUGAGUCUGUCAAGUUUAGCCAGUUGGCAUUGAUUUCCAAGCAUAAGGGCCAGUUGUGUGUAAUGUUGCGUGUGGCUAACAUGCGCAGGAGUCUGCUGGUUCAGUGUCAGCUCUCAGGCAAGCUUCUGUUUCCCUAUGUUACUGAAGAAGGUGAGAAGAUCCAGCUCCACCAGGAACCUGUGGACUUCCAGAUCGAGUCUAAUGAUCAGUGCCCUUUCCUUGUUCUGCCUCUGAUCUUCUACCACGUGCUGGAUGAGAGAAGUCCUCUGGCCAACCUCACUGCUGAAACAUUGAAGGUGAGAAACUUUGAACUGGUGGUCACACUAAAUGCCACAAUGGAGUCCACAGCUUCCACGUGCCAAAGUCGUACUUCCUAUGUUCCACAAGAAUUCCGCUGGGGUUACGAGUUUAAGCCUCUGCCCAUUGCCACACAUGGAGGCAAAUAUGUGACAGACUUUAACUGUUUUGAUGAGAUUCAGAUCAGCAGUGACUCUUCACUUCUCCAGGAGCCAAGGAAUGAGAAACUCCUGCUAGAGGAAAAGUACAGUAAAGACUAAACGGAAGGCGAGGACACUGAUAAAAAGAGAUUUCCAAAGGCAUCACAACCCAAAGAUCAUUGGAGGGAUCAUGAUAGAGCAAGCUAUCCAAGUUAAGACAAUCUUGACUGUGCUACUUUUGAGAACUUUGUGUUGUCAUGCAACAAGAUUUAAGAAAUAUUAACUAGUUCCACACUGUCAGUCCAGGAUCAAGAUAUUAACACAGAACAAUUGCGCUGUUCAGAAUGUUACCCUAGUAUGAAAAUUAAGUCUCUUAUAAAUAUAGACAUACUGUGUAUGGGAUCCUUUCUCUCUAACAUAAAGCCCAUCUCAACACACCCUCACCAUCAUAAACAUCAACAAGAAGUCUUCCCAGUUCAUUAUAUAUUCAUCAAAUUACACAGACUUUACAUGGUGGAUAGAGAGUGGCUGCAGACUGCAAGAUUAAGUUUCAAAACACACACAAUAGCAGUAAAGGAGAUGAGGGUUAUUAAAAUAAAUGAAUAGGCACAGCUUAGAAAAGAAUAAAAGCUUCCACAGAAUAUUCACAGAUAACAUUUCUGUGGAGCUGCAGCAUGUGUACUUUAUACACGUGUUUGAUAAAAUGCACCUUAAAUCUAUUUUUAUAUGUAUGGCUUUCUAAGUGAAUAUAACAAAAUGAAGAUAUUUAAAUAUGAUUAAAGGAAUAUUAAUUAGAGUUUAGACGAUGUUGCUGUCAUUCAUGGAUUAUUAUGAUAUUGAAUGAAAUUCUUUCUGCAUGAAAGAAAGUUUUAAACAGUCUUGUGUUUCUAAAUUUGUUGUUGCAACAUAUGGGUACAUGUUAAGCACUCUGUUUAUACACUCACACACACACACACACUCUCUCUCUCUCUCUCUCUCUCUCUCUCUCUCUCUCUCUCUC